UCGGUUAAGGAAUGCCGCUCGGCGCGGGCUUCAGCUCGGACGGCGCACCUGGGAGAGGCGCCCGGCCCCCCGAGGGGAGCGGCAGGGGCCUGCCAAAGUGGGCUCAACUCUGCAAACCGCGUCCCAACUCCCCGCGCCGUGGCGGGCAGCCCCUCCCUGCCGCUGGGCGCUUCCAGUCCUCACAUCCCCAAACCCAGUCCACUUCCCUUCGCGCGGCGGCGGCGGCGGCGGCGGCAACCCGAGCCCGGCCCCCGCCCCGCCGCCCGCGAGCCCUUCCUCCCGGCUCCGGGACGCGCCGCCGAGCCCGCUGCAAACGGUGCGGCCGCCGCACAAUACCGCGGCGCGGCGCACACAAUCACCGCCCCCCAGGCCCGGCGGCGCGCACGGCCCGGGAGUGGGGUGCGCCCGGCGGCCCCCAGCGCCCGGCCCAGGCACACCUCUCCGGCGGUCCGCGGCCCCCUCCCCCCCACUCUCCGUCACCCUCGCCCGCCCUCCACCCCGGCCCACUCGGCCCAGGGCGCAGCCCGCUCCCCCGCGCCCCCUCCCCAGCCUCGGCGCUGGAGGGCCCCCUGCGUCCCCCUCCCCGGAACCCCAGCCCCCCGCCCCCCCAACCGCAGCUCAACGGCCGGCGGCAGCGGCGGGAGGAGGGGGCGGCGGCCCAGAGCCCGGACACGGCCCGAUCGCCGGGAUCCGGGCCGGACUCCGUACCUGAGCGGGCGACGAGGCGGAGACGAGCGGCCGGGCUCCGCGACUUCGCAUUGUGAACCAUCCACAAGGUGAGCAAGGCUCCCUCUACAGGUGAGAGUUGGGAGUGCAGCGCCGCAGAUCGGGAUGAAGAGCGCAGAGCUCACACUUUCCCGGGGAGCGAGGGCUGAGGCGUGCUCCUCAUUAGCGCCUUUUAUGCCUGACAUCAGAUGCGUUUUCCAGCCACUCCCCUCUCUCGUGUUCUCCAUUGCAUCUUCACGUCCCAGGCCCUGCACUGCCUCAACACCCACACGUGCUGCUACCUAAGGAUGAUUUCUCAGAAUGAAGCGGGGGCCCGGGUUCCAGAGCUCAUUCACAGAAAUGGGGGCGUUCCCGGCACCAGAACUGCCGCCCUCACUCCGAAAGGAGAUCAUGCAGGCUCAGGAGCUUGCCCUCCCCCUCCGCCACACCCCCAGACACCCCUGACUUCUGGCCAGCAGCGGAGGGAUAUGUGGGCCGCAGGCAGCCCAAGUUCAAAGGUGGGAGGGGACCCAGGUAACCUGCCUCUUCUCUAGCUGCGCAGAGCACCAGUACCCCCAGGGAGGACCCCAGUGGGCCCCUUUCAGUGGGCAGAGCGCUGAGAGCCAGGGUGGAGCUAGGUGGAGCCCUCCAAAGCAUCCACAGGCUGUCCCCGCCCUCCUGCAGGGGCUGCCGCUGCCUGAGUCACCUUGCAGGUAGUUUGCAGGAUCCCUCCAUCCUUAAAGUGGCCACAGCAAGGGUCCCAACCAGGAACCAGUGGCCUAGUUUCUUGGCCACUGAUUGUCCCAGUGUUGUGUCCAUGCCACAACCUGCUGGGAGACCAGGGCAAGGAAAGCGACCCCCCCCCCCAGAUCUGCUGAAGGGGACGACACAGCCUCCCUGCCACCUCCCACCUCUGGCUCCGCACAGGCUCACUGGGUCUUCUGGGGGUAGCUGAGCCCUUCCAGCAGCUCCCUCUGUGCAGUAAGCACACCCCCAAGUGGAUGCCUGGCCAUGGGGCACAGCGGGUCGCUAGUAUUAGGAGAGACAGGACCUUGGGAUGGCCAGAGCAGGCCCUGCAAGCAUCUCAGACUGUUAAGAACCCCAGGGGCCCCACACUUGCUGAUUAACCACGGAGGGGAAAGUGGGAUUGCACACUGCAGCUGUGGGGGAGCGACCUCCCCACCAGGCAGGCAAGCGUGGCAGCCCCACCAUGGGGCCGCCUGGCAGGGUGUGCUCACUGCUGCAAGGGACGCGGUAGAAGACGCCGUGUCACCCCCACUUCUU